AUGCAACAUCCAGUAGUUGAUUCCAACUUUAAAACAUAUCGCCUUAAGCGCAAGAAACGCAGUUUUUUCACAAACACAGAUGCUCGACAGUGGUCAUUUCAACAUUUUUAUUCCUCUACUAUUUCCUCUAAAGACGCGCCAAAAACAUUUAAUGAAAUUGUUGACGCGUGGACCGCCAGUCUAAAAUUUAUUCGAACAGCAAGAAAUAUUCCAAAGUCAAUCGUGAACUUUGCGAUGGAUCUAAUUGAAUUCAACAAUACUAAGGAGUUUGAGAGAAUGCGGCGCGCUUACGCACAGAAUUUCGAAGCCCACGCACUUGCAAUCAUUUCAGGCGGGUCAGUGACAAAUAGCAAACUGGCAAAAGAUUAUAUGAUACAGGCGAAUGAAAUCUUGGACGGCACAUCAGGAAAGCAAGAUGAGGAAGUUUCUUAUACCAUUACUACCAAUGACGAGGACCCAAUACUAGACCCUAAUCAAGUGUAUAAUGAUGACGAAUUUAUGGAAGAAAGUCCAACAUGCCAAAAUAAUCGGAAAAGGAAACUACGAGAUGACGAAUUACCAGGUUACGAUGGAUUAGUAUUUCUAUUUAAUGAUUCGAACGAAGAUACCAUUAUAGAGAAAAUUGACGAAGAUGCCCUUGAGGAGGAAAGAAAUUUGCCACUAGCAAGUGACAAUAAGAAUCCAUCCAAAUUUAUAUGUGACGACAUACUGAAUGCAUUCCAAACAUAUCAAAAUAAAAUCCCUAAAAUUCGCAGAGUAUUCACCCCUGCAUAUUGGGGGGUACUCGAUCUGACUAGAGAAAGUCUAUACGGAUGUAAAGAAAUUACAGAAAACGAUCUACAGCAGUUAUCCCAAGAUUUUGCUGAUCAUAUAAAAUGGAAAUGCGACCCGGCUCCAAAAGAUAUCCAGGAUUACUUCGACAGUAGUUGCAAAAAACUUGACGAUAGCGGUGAAAAUGGAGAUCUAAAUUAUUUGAUACAAAUGCACAAUUUUUGUAUGAAAAACAACAUGCAUCUCUUCCAAGGAAUGCUAACAGAAGAGCAGUUAAAAAUGACAACAUCUUAUCCAUUAUUUCAUGGAAUAUUCACAUCCGAUCGUAUAAAACACGCCUGGGGGGAAAUUCAGACUAUUUCAAGCAGUGAUGCGCGUAACGAAAAAUCGGACCCAUUCAAAAAAGCAAGAAUGGGUAGAAAGGUCGAUAUGAAAGUGACAUUGCUAAAGACUCCAAAUAAAUUUGAGGCUUUAUUUGGAGAGGUUUCAGGUGGGCUAGGACCAUUUGGAAUCCCUACAGCUUGUCGCAAGAAGCGGUUCCUAGAUAAAGUGAAAUUAAUGGUAACCAUGCGUGAUAGUAUAAAUCGUCUAUUAAAAGAAUGUGAUUAUGUAUCAAAUGAAAAAAGAUUGGAAAUUAUAGUUUUCGGCUGGCUACAAUUUGGUUUAGAAUUGAAUUUCUAUGCCAUGGAUUGGAUGGGAUCCGGUAUAUAUAGAUUCGGAUUAAUAGAUCGAUGUAGGAUACCUACUGAUGCUGAUGGUUGCAACAUAUUGGAGGAUGCAUAUUGCAUUCUUAAAUUGCUCGAAAGAAAGUUACUUGGUACCGAAAGGGCUGUAAAAACUCUAUUUUCGGAAAACACGAAAGGAAAAAGACGACAAAUCACAUUGGAAAACAAAGUAGAGCUAAAUGUCAAUCGUUCCCCUUGA